AUGGGGCAGCAGGAGCUCAUCCCAGCGAAGGAGGGGGCCUGCCUUGGAAUUAGCCUCCAGCUAUUCAGAAGACCCGGUUGUGCUAAGCGUGGCAGCCGCAGAGUGCCAGCCCUUGGUGAGACCCAGGCUCCCCGGGGCUCCCCAGUCAUGCCCCGGCAGCGUUCUCCGGUGAUGGUGCUCUUCGUGUCCCUGGCUGUGAUUUUGCUUUUUGGCCAUCAAGUAAGAGCAGCAGGGUUUCCAGAGAUCACAGACUCUCCUCAGCCUACGAGAGCAGCACCCGCGCAGGCCAUAGGCAAACCUUCUUUCCUGCAGACAACUAACCAAACGCCUCACAGAACUACAGCAGCAAGCUCCACGGGUGGUCGUGUCACCUCUCCAAUAGCUGCCACAUCCUCCAACUCUGAGACCUCUCCCACACACACGACGAUAAAAACUCUAACAACAACCUCCCUGAUAACCACAAACAGCACCCCAUCCACCAGCCCAGCAAUGCACACUCUGGCCACACCCAACACCUCACACACAGCUGCUCCUGUCACUGAGGCUACAGUCGGCCCCAGUGCAGCCCCUGGUUCACUGCCACCCUCCAUCACCCCACCACCACAUACAACUAGAACCAACCCAUCAACCAGCAGCCACACAAUGGGGAAGACCACCCAACCCAGUAACCAGACCACCCUUCCUGCAACUUUGUCCACCUCACCACACAUUAGCACAACCAAUCAGACGCCCUCCCAACCCACCCAUGCCCCAGGAACAACCACAGCUGCACACAAUGCCACCCAAACAGCCUCACCUGCCACCAUGGCUCCUCCAGGGCCCACCCUUGCACCUCAGCCAUCACCAGCCAAGACUGGAAUUUAUCAAGUUCUGAAUGGAAGCAGGGUCUGUAUCAAAGCCGAGAUGGGGAUACAGCUGGCGGUUCAAGACAUAGAGUCGGUUUUUUCACCUCAGAAAUACUUCAACAUCGAUCCCAAUGCAACCCAAGUCUCUGGGAUUUGUGGCUCCCGAAAUUCCAACCUUCUCUUGGAUUUCCAGGGCGGAUCUGUGAAUUUCACAUUCACCAAGGAUGAAAACUCCUAUUAUAUCAAUGAAGUGGGAGCCUAUUUGACCAUCUCAAAUCCAGGGAAAAUGUACCAGGGAACGAAGAGUCAUGUGAUGCUGUUUGAGACUGUGAUUGGGCAUUCCUUCAAGUGUGUGAGUGAGCAGAGCAUCCAGCUGUCAGCCCAGCUUCAUCUGAAAACGAUGAAUGUCCAACUUCAGGCCUUUGAUUUUGAAGACGAUCACUUUGGAAAUGUUACAGCGGAUGAAUGCUUCAGUGACAGAAACAAGAGAGAAAUUCCUGUGGCCGUGGGCCUGAGUAUCGCAGGACUGAUUGUCAUUUUGCUAACAGCAAGCCUGGUGGCCAGAAAGAGGCCCAGUAGAGGAUAUGAACCCAUGUAA